UACUAUAAAGGCUUUUGCUUUUUCAUUCGGAAAGCAGAACUCUUUCUUUCCUCGUUUCGAGUAACACUCUUGAUAUUAAACCUUCCAUUAUGUUCAAGUUGUGCAUUUUCGUCGUCCUUCUGGCUACCGUUUGCGCCGCACCUGCACCUACGCCAGGAGCAGUUUUGACGGCACCUGCAGCAAUCGCAGCAGUACCAGCGCCGAUCGUGACGGCCAGUAGCAGCCAAGUGAUCGCCAGGAAUUACAACGCGCUCGCCGCAGCUCCGCUUGCCUAUGCCGCGGCGCCCCUGGCAGCUUACAGCACUCACGCUGUUGCACCUGUUGCUUAUUCUGCGUACACCGCCUAUUCUGCACCUGUUCUGCUCUAAUCCAUUUCAAGCAAAAUCGGCUCUAUUUGGAUCUCUAUUAUAUCUCUAUUAUAUUUCUCUGACAUAUCGAUUACAAUUACAAUAACGAUGCGAUUUUUACAAUUCAAACUUUUCGUUCAAACUUUUCGUGAGACGUACUUUUGUAAUAUUGCUCAAUAAAUUCAAUUUUUCCAUCUGAA